CUCAGCCUGAGCUCCUGGGAUCCUGUCACCAUGGAGACCGAAAGUGAGCAGAACUCCAACUCCACCAGCGGGAGCUCCAGUUCUGGAGGAAGCACCCGUCCUCAGAUAUCACAGAUGUCUCUCUAUGAGCGACAGGCAGUACAGGCCCUGCAGGCACUCCAGAGGCAGCCCAAUGCAGCCCAGUACUUCCAUCAGUUUAUGCUCCAGCAGCAGUUUAACAGUGCCCAGCUUCACAGCCUGGCUGCUGUCCAGCAGGCUACAAUUGCAGCCAGUAGACAGGCCAGCUCCCCCAACACUAGCACCUCUCAACAGACUACCACCACCCAGGCUUCUUUGCAUGCUAACAGUGAUACUCAAGCUCAGCAUACGAAUGAGAUCAACCUAGCCACCACAUCAGCUGCUCAGCUGAUCAGUCGGUCACAGAGCGUGAGUUCCCCCAGCGCCACAACCCUGACACAGUCUGUGCUCCUUGGGAAUACCACCUCACCACCUCUCAACCAGUCACAGGCCCAGAUGUAUCUUCGGCCACAGCUGGGGAACCUGUUGCAGGUAAACCGGACCCUGGGCCGCAAUGUGCCUCUUGCCUCCCAACUCAUCCUGAUGCCCAACGGGGCUGUGGCUGCUGUCCAGCAGGAAGUACCACCCACUCAGUCUCCUGGGGUCCAUGCAGACACAGACCAGGUGCAGAACUUGGCUGUGAGGAGCCAGCAGACCUCCACCACUAACACCCAGCUCCAAGGCUCUGCUCAGAAGGCAGCUCUGCCAGGAAGCUCCCAGGCUUCGGGCUUACCACAGGCCACCAGCACAGGCCAGACUGUGGCAGUGGCUCAGGCCUCCUCUGGCACUGCUGGCCAGUCCCUCAACCUGAGCCAGGGAGCAACAGGCAGCAAUGGUGUCUCCGGGGGUGUGGUGGCAAGUGGUGGGAGCCAGACCUCAAUGGGAUUGAGCCAGACCUCCUCGGCAGGUGCUGCUGGCAGUUGCCAAAGGAAGGGCACAGGGGUGGUUCAGCCAUUACCAGUAGCGGCUGCCCAGGCUGUGACUGUCAGCCAGGGAAGCCAGACAGAGACAGAGAAUGCAACCACAAAAAAGGGCGAAACGGACAGCAGCGGACAGCAAACAGUGGGCAUGAACCUGACCAGGACUGCUACACCAGCACCCAGUCAGACCUUGAUUAGCUCAGCAACGUAUACGCAGAUUCAGCCACACUCACUGAUCCAGCAGCAGCAGCAGAUCCAUCUGCAGAAGCAGGUGGUGAUCCAGCAGCAGAUAGCCAUUCAUCACCAGCAGCAGUUCCAGCACCGCCAGUCCCAGCUUCUUCACACAGCCACUCAUCUUCAACUGGCCCAGCAGCAGCAACAGCAGCAAGCAGCAUCUCUGACCCAACAGCAGCAGCAAACUCAGCCUCCACAGCAGCAGGCUCCACCUCAGAACCAGCAGCAGGCUCAGACCCUUGUGGUACAACCUAUGUUGCAGUCCCAACCCCAGCAUUUGCAGCUCCAGCAGGACAGUCCUUGCCAGCCAGCCACAAAGUCACCUGUUCCAAUUCAGUCAAAAUCUCUGGUCACCCCCAUCAAACCACCUCAGCUUGGGCCUGCCAAAAUGUCAGCAACACAGCAGCCUCCACCACACAUCCCAGUGCAGGUAGUGGGUACUCGGCAGCAGGGCUCAGGCCAAGCCCAAGCACUGGGUUUGGCUCAGAUUGCUGCAGCAGUGCCGACAUCCCGGGGAAUGCCAGCUGUAGUCCAGCCUGUUUCCCAAACCCAUGCUGCUUCCCCAUCAUCAUCUUCAGCUCCAGCAUCCUCACAGGAAGCUCCUCCUCUCACCACAGGGGUGAAUUUGGCACAAGUUCAAGGCACAGCCCACAUGGUGAAGAGCCCAGCUUCCUCUCCAGUUGUGGCUCAGAUGCCAGCAGCAUUCUACAUGCAGUCUGUCCAGUUGCCAGGCAAAUCUCAGACCUUAGCAGUAAAGCGCAAGGCAGAGUCUGAGGAGGAGAAGGAGGAAUCACCCAACGUCACUGCACUCCUGCCUGCCAGGUCCUCUCCUGUAACAGACAGCCCCAAAAACAUAGAGGAGAAGAGUGGCCUUGGAGAUAAUUCUGACACUGCUGCCAUUGCAACCCCAAAUAUCACGUCAAGUGAAGGAGCCUCAGUUACCCCCACCUCUGCUUCCACCCCAAACCUGGCAAUGGUGUCACGUCAGAUGGGAGACUCCAAACCCCCACAAGCCAUCGUCAAGCCCCAGAUCCUCACGCACAUCAUUGAAGGCUUUGUCAUCCAGGAAGGAGCAGAGCCCUUUCCAGUGGGUUGUUCUCAGCUGCUGAAAGAAUCUGAGAAACCACUGCAGGGAGAGGCUCCUUCUGGCCAGAAUGAAAACCUGUCCAGCAAUUCUCUGGGAGGGGACAGUGCUUCCAUGGAGCUUGAUAAGAAGGCAAACUUGUUGAAGUGUGAAUAUUGUGGGAAGUACGCCCCAGCAACUCAGUUCCGUGGCUCCAAGAGGUUUUGUUCCAUGACCUGUGCUAAAAGGUACAAUGUCAGCUGCAGCCAUCAGUUUCGGCUGCAGAGAAAGAAAAUGAAGGAAUUCCAGGAAGCUAACUAUGCUCGUGUGCGCCGACGGGGGCCUCGGCGCAGCAGCUCCGAAAUUGCUCGAACAAAGAUCCAGGGCAAGCGCCACAGGGGUCAGGAAGACUCGAGUCGAGGCUCUGAUAACUCCAGCUAUGAUGAAGCCUUGUCCCCUACAUCUCCAGGACCCCUGUCAGUAAGGGCCAGUCAUGGAGAGAGGGACCUGGCAAACUCUAGUAUGGCCCCACCUACCCCAGAUCUACAUGGCAUCAACCCAGUCUUCCUGUCCAGCAAUCCUAGUCGUUGGAGUGUGGAGGAAGUGUACGAGUUCAUUGCAUCACUGCAAGGGUGCCAGGAGAUUGCUGAGGAGUUUCGGGCACAGGAAAUUGAUGGUCAGGCCCUGUUGCUUCUAAAGGAGGAACAUCUCAUGAGUGCCAUGAACAUCAAGCUGGGACCAGCUCUCAAGAUCUGUGCCAAGAUCAAUGUCCUCAAGGAGACCUAACAGCUCUGAAGCCAGAGGUCUCACGUUUGCUCUGAGCCCAGGGCAGCUGCCAGUUUUGGAGCAUCCUGCUGGGGCAGGGAAGAAUGGAACAGUCCCCUGUGGUCUUGCAUUCAAGAAGAAUGAGAAGGAAUUUAACUGAUUGAAACUGCCAUGCACAAGCCCAUGUCUUGGUCUCUUUAUGGUGCUACGAGGUUGGGGAGAACUGCCACCUGGGGCCUUUAAGCAACUUCCCUUCUUACUGAUUUUGAAUAUGACUCCCCUGUAUACCACAUAAAGCUGUGAAGGGGAUCUCUUUCUGUCUUAAAAGACUUCUGAAAGGGAGCUUCCCUCAUCCGUGUUUGCCGUGGCAGGUCUGCUAGAUAUUAGUUUUGAAUAUCACUGCCAGAACUUGAGGCAUAAGAGCUGGCCCACAUGGACAUUGGGAGCACCUGUGCUUGGGGUUUCAUGAAGGGUAACUAGAAAAUUUUGAGUGACAAAGGUGGACAAAGAAGAAUUUGAGUAAAAGGGGCUGCUGCUUUUCCACUUUUAAAAAUACCUAGGCUGCUCAUGAACUGGGUUUAAUAGCCAUUCCAGCACAUAUACCAAACUUGAAGGCCUGUGGCAAUAGGAGCUGUCGUGUCUUCACUCUGCAUGUCUACAGGAGACAGUAAAGCUAAAGUGUUGUGGCAGCUGUUCACUCCAGGUGCUUCUCUCAGAACCAGUCAGAGGAUUUUUCCUGAGUGCUCAUGACAAAGUGAUGGGAAAAUCAAAGGGGAGGGAGAUUGUCUAAUAUUAGGGAACCUUGCAGCACUAGGUUUGUCUUCCCAUUGUGCUAGGGCAUAAUUUACAAGAUCCAAAGGAGUCUCCAGAAGCACCAAGGCUCUUUGUGAAAUAGGCUGGGUUUUUUUUUUUUUUUUGUGUGCGUGUUUUCUUACCAGUUUGUAUUCUUUUGUCUGUCUUCAUUAUCCUCAGGAGAGCUUAUGGGACAAAGUUUAAGCUGGCAGGACUGUACUGCCUGCCUAAGGCUCUUUUUUUUUUUUUUUUUGGUGUUAUAAAACAAAUAUUUCUCUUCCUCAGUUAAAAAACUGAACACACCCCACCACAACUGAAUACUAAUUCUUUAAUGUUACUUCUCAUUGCUGAAGGGUAGAAGUUAUUUUAUACACCGAGUUCCUCCUGUUCAGCCCCUCCAGGUUUGGGUUUUGGCUUUUUUUUAUAUGUGGUAUUCUGAAGUUUUGUAACCAAAUUGCCAAAGGUGAAAAUCUGGGCAGAGUUCUCUUCCAGAAGCACCUCUGCUUCAAACAAACAGGCAAAAAAACCUGAAGGAAUUACACAAACUGUGAAGAGGUAAGUGCCCUCUACAGCCAAAUACCUGAAAGCAAGAUGGUGUUAUAAACCAUGUGUCUUGGCUUUUCUGUUUUUAGAAGUUUCACGUGAGUAUUUCAGUGAAACAUGAGACUCUUUUGUGUGGAAAGCAUCUACUGUUGCAGAAAAGUUGUAGUGACAUGGGAGAAGGCCUAAUAGCAUAGGUAGGAAAACAUUAGAGAUCUUUGGAAUGGCCUCUUUAUUGACCCCUCUUAGAAAAAGAGAGGAAGGAAAGUGCUAGUAGAUGGAUAAAAUGUGGCAGCAGCUUCCUUGCAUUUUUAACUAUACUGUUGGAUCUCUUUCAUUACAUCCUUAUUCUUGGGAGAGAAGACUUCUGCGGCUUCAUGAAUGAAAAUAGGCCCAAAGAAAGUUGCCUAUGCUUGCUUGCACCCUGAUAACACUGUUUGGUCCAAUGUAAUCUGGGGGCAGGGAAGGAGGAGGUUAGAAUCAGCAAUCAGCAGAGGAAGUGUGCCCUUAAACUGUUUUAUCCUUAACAGGCUGGGUGUGAUAGAACUCCUGUUCAGUUUGACCCUUGGCAGGGUGGGCAGACAGCUAGCCUGCCAGUGUUACUAGCUACUUCUGAGGACUGGAUUUUAUUUCAGUCAAAUGGGAAGGUUUCCCUUCUUCAUUUCAUGUUCACUGUUCUUAAUAAAAGGAUGCUUGAUCAGGC